AUGACGUUUGUUGACGAUCUGGCCAAGGUUGACGUACCAAAUUCUGGUCCCUUAGUCUCGGUAGUUACGUCGACUGUUCUUGCUCGCCGAAGCGGAGCCAUGUUGUCCUUGUCGGGAACUGCUUUGGUAUUCGUCGUUGACAAAGAAGGAAGGGCCUUGGAGUUCGAUGAAGCGGCCAAAGAAGGCGAGUGGAUAGGUGUGGUCACGGAAGGACUUGUAGAGGCACCGCGCAGGAACCAGUCAUAA